AUGGAUAAUUUUACUAAAGGAAAUUUUCCUUUUUAUAAGAAAAAUAAAAGUAAUGAAAGUCAACCCAGCUACAAAUAUGAAGCUAUAAGAUUUAACAAAAAUGACGAAAAAAAAAAUAAAAAAACUAUGGAAAACAAUAAAGAUAUAGAAACGUAUAAAAGUUGUUUUAAAAUAAAAAAUGAAAAUAUGAACAAUUAUAUAAUUGAUUCUUUAAAUGAUUUAGAAAAAAAUUACCCAGUUAACAAAAAAUAUUAUAACACUGACAUUCAUAAUGAAACAAACAUAGAAAAUGUGAAUAAUGUUAUUGGCGAAAAAGGUGUAGAAAAUAAGGAUUUUAAAAAAGCAAAUAAAGUUAUAAAAGUUAAAAUCGAAGAUAAAAAAAAUGAAAACAUAAAAGAUAUAAACAGAAAUAUUCAAUAUAAAAAUAAAUUUAAUAAAAAUAAAAAAAGUGUAAAAGAGGAUAACAAAAACAAUAUAUCAAAAGAUAUAAAAAUCAGAAAAAGUAAUAUUUUAGAAUUAAAUAAACUAUUAAAAGAAAAUUUAAGAAUUGAAGAAAAUAUAAAAAAAAAAAAAGAUAUAGAAGAAGAUGAAAAGAAAGAAAGUCAAGAAGAGCAGCAACAACAGCAAUAUGAAGAAAAAGAAAAAGAAAUGAAAAAAGAAAAAAAUAAAGAAGAAAAAGAAAGAGAAAUGAAAAAAGAAAAAAAUAAAGAAGAAAAAGAAAGAGAAAUGAAAAAGGAAAAAAAUAAAGAAGAAAAAGAAAAAAAAAAAGAAAAGGAUAAGGAUAAGGAAAAGGAAAAAAAAAAGGAAAAAGGGAAAAAGAAAAAUAAAGAUAAAAAUAAAGAUAAAUUAAAGAAUAAAGAAAAGGAUAAAGAAAAAAUUGUUGAAAAGAACAAAGUCAAAGAUAGUGAAAUAACUGAAGAUAAAGACCACAGUAAAAAUAAAGAAGACAUUGAUAAUGUUGGAGAUAAAAAUGCUACAAAAUCGAAAAAGUCAAAAAAUAGGAAAAAUGAUAUUAUACAAGACAAAAAAAAUAAUAAAAAUGAUGUUAUACAAGAAAAAACAAAUAAUAAAACUGAUAUUUGUGUAAAUUAUUUGAACUCUUUUACAGAAAAAGAUUUUGAUCUUAAAAAAAAAAAAAAUAAUCAAUUAGAAAACAGCAUGAAAAACGGAAACAAUGAUAAUUCAACCAUUUCUUCAGAAAAAAAUAAUUAUAAUUAUAAUAGUAAAAAUGAUAAUGAGAAUUCAAAUGAAUAUAUAAAAUCAUAUUUAAGUAGAAAUAAUAUUGAACUUCAUUGUGACAAUAAAUAUUUAAAAGAAACAAAAAACAUUAAAAAUUAUAGUUAUAAUAAUAAAGAAUUAAGAAGUGAUAUAUUGAAAAUAAAUAAUAACCAUAUUAUGAGUAAGUCACACUUAAAUAAAAGUUUAUCAAAAAUGCAAGAUAAUGAAAACUACAAUUUUAAUGAAUUAGGUAAUACAUUUGAUAAGCAUAACCUUGAUAAUAUUUUUGAUGAAGAUGGUGAUGAUGCAAAUAGUAGUUAUAUAAAUAAAAUUACUAAUAACAAAAAAGAGUAUAAAAAUGUUUUUAAAGAAAAUUUUAUUUCAAGGAAUAACAUAGUUAGUAAUCAAAGAAAUAUUAAUAUCCCAAUUAAUUUAACCAAUAAAAAUAACCAUAUGAAUGAAGAUAAUUAUAAUAAAAGUAGUGAUAUUACUACUACUAAUAAUAAUAGUAUAAUUAACGACAGUAUUCAUAAUAAAUUUAUAAAUAAUAAUAAUUUACAAGAGUUUAGUAAAAUUAAUUUUAAUGAUGAAGAUUCUAAUAAAAAUAGUCAUAUUAACAUUUUAAAGAAUAAUAAUACUAAUAAAAAUAUUUUAAUUAGUAAGAAUAUUAAUAAUAUAAAUAAUAUUUUAAACGAUGAAAAUAAUAUUUUAAAUAAUAGAAAUUAUAGUAAUAUAAAUAAUAUGUUAAGUAAUAAUAAUAUGAAUAUUAUUUUAAAUGGAGAUAAUAUUAACAUUUUAAAUAAUAAUAAUAAUGAUUAUAAUAAUAUAAAUAAUAUUUUAAAUAAUAAAAGGAGUGCAAAUGUUACUAAUGUUUUAAAUAAUAGUAAUAAUCACAUUAAUAAUAUUAUGAAUACUCACAAUUAUAUGAAUAAUACUUUAAUAUAUAAUUCAAGCAAUAGAAUAUAUAAUGAAAAAGUUAGUAGUGUGAAUAAUUUUUCAAAUCAAAGCUUAGAUAAUUUUUCGAAUCAAAAUAACAAUAAAUUUUCUACUAAAAGCAUUGGUAAUUUUUCAAAUAGUUAUUUAAAUAGUAUUCCACGUAGUUUUAUAAAUAACGGUGUAAAUAAUCCUUUAAACUACAAUAGAAGCACACUUCCAUUGAAUAACACAGAUAAUUUUUCUAAUAAUUUUAAUAAUUCAUCAGACUUAUUAAACAACAUAUUGAGUAAUAGUAAAACUAAUAUGAUUUUUAACAAUGUAAAUAAUAAUACUAUGAGUAAUUACAAAAAUAAUACAUUAGUAAAUGAUACAAAUAAUAGUUUUAAUAAUAUGGAAAAUGUUUUAAGUAAUAUUAAUAACAUAAAGAGGAACAAAAAUGGAGAAACAGUAGGAAAUAAAUACAAAUGUGAAAUAACUCCAUUAAAAGAAAAUAAUUUAAGUAUUUUAGAUAAAAAUGAUAAUAUAACUUCAUUUUAUGAUAAUGCUAAUAAUAAUGAUAAAAAUGAGUUAACGAAAUUAAUAGAAAAGACUGAUUCAAAGAAAAUCAUCGUAGAGAAUAAAUAUGAUCUUAAAAAAUUGAAAUUAAAUAAUAGUAAAAACAAUCCUUUAGAAAAAAAGAAAAAAGAUUAUUUAGCUGAAAUAAUAAGAUGUGAACUAAUAUGGGGACCUACAAAAAAUAAAGAGCCAAUUACACCUGUAGAAAGUUGUGAGUUACAUCCAGUUGUAAUAAUAAAAGACAAAUUUGGGCAUUUAUAUGAUGAUGAUGAAGAUAAUGAAAACAAUCCUAUUGGAAAAACAGUAAACAUUUUUUACAGGUGGAGUAGAGGACCACCUAGAACUGUAUGUUUUUUUCAUCCACAGAAAAUUGCAUGUUUACAAUGUACUGUAACAUUUAGAUGUUUUUGUUCUUAUGAAUGUUUUAUGAAAGGUUUCAACCAUUUACAUAAAUAUUACAGAAGUAAUGGAUCUUUUAAUAUUCCUUCACAUCCCAAUUUGCACACAUAUGGAGUACCUUGCUCUCCAUUUGAUUGGGAUAAUUAUGAAAAAAAUAUUGAAUUUGAUGAAAAGCAUUAUAAUUCUUUAAUUCGAUCUGGAUUACUAAAUGCACCAGAUAAAGAAGUAUGGGAAACAAUUCAUAAUGAAAGAAAUUAUAUACCAUGUAAAAAGGACAUAGGUCAUCAAUUAAUGCUAGAAACAAUGUUGCUUGAUAAAAAUAGUGUAUCAUCUGAUGAUUUUAGUUCAUCCAUUAAUAAUAAUGAAUCGAAUGAAAAUAGUGAUUAUAAUGCAUCAUCUAUUGAUGAUGAUAUUGCACAAAAUAACCAAAAUAAAAUUUCAUCAGUUAGAUAUGUGGAUGUUCAACAAAAUACUUCUAAUAAUAUUCUUUUAAAUAAUUACAAUGAUAUUCAAUAUGAUACUCAUAAUAAUACGCAUUUGAGUAAAUAUAACAAUAGUUCCCAUAUAUAUAACAAUUGUAAUAAUGGUAACAACAACAUAAACAGCUCUGAUUUAAACAACUCUAAUAAUAGUUUUUAUAAUAUUUUUGAUAUUGAUAAUAAUGCUAAUAAUUUAAGUUUUCCUAUUAAUGAUACAAAUUAUAUUAUCUUAAAUAAUACUUUUAAUUUAUGCAACAAUAUUAAUAAUGUACAGUCAAAUGAUAUGAAAAACUGCAAUGGAAGGUAUUUUUCUGAAAAUGUAGAUUAUUCAAGGAAUAAUUAUAGACAUAAUACAAAUAAUUUAAAGAAAUUAGUUGAUAAAAGAGGAGAUGGAUUCGAAGUUACAUAUACUAAUUUAGACAACGUAAAUUUUGAUAUCAAUAAUAAUAGUGUUGUAAAUAAUAAUACCUUCAUUGCGUCCAACAAUAAUUAUAUUAAUAACAAAUAUAUGAAUAAUUUAAAUUAUCAGAAUGAAAACAAUAUAAAAAAUGAUAUGAAUUUUUUAAACAAUAUAAAUAUACAAUCUCAGAAAUUGUACAAUGAAUUUAACUAUUCAAAUAAAGAUAUAAAUAUACCUUCAAACAAUUUAACCCAAAUUUCAAAUAAUAUGAAUGAUAAGUUAAACAAUGAAAUCAAUGAAGUAAGAAAUAUAAAUAAUAAAAUAGAUGCUUUAAAUGUGGAACCAAAAAAUAUAUUCAACAAUCCAUUAAAUAACGAGAAUACACAUUUUCCAAUUAUGAAUCAUAAUUCAAGCACAAACAAAAUAAAAGCAAUUAGUGAUGAGACAACAAGCAAUCUAAAUAUAGUAGAAAAAAAGACUUUAUUAAAAAAAAAAAAAAAAAAAAGGAAGAAAAAAAUUUAUGUUUUAGAUGAUGAAAUAUGGAAUAGUAUUAAAGACCCUAAUAUUUAUCAUAAAAUAAUUACGGGAUGUUGUAUACCAAAUUUAACUAUAUUUCCUAAUUAUAAUAUAACAUGUUUUAAAAAUUCUAAUUUAUCAAAUCCUCACAAUCAAUUUACUAUAAUGACAUGGAAUGUCUUAGCAGAAAUAUAUGGAACUAUAGAAGCCUUUCCUCAUUGUGAUCCAUACAUGUUAGCUUGGUCAUAUAGAAAAACAAAAAUUAUUCAAGAAAUCUUAAACAAUAAUCCAGAUAUUGUUUGUCUUCAGGAAAUUCAAAAUGAACACUUUUUAGAUUUCUUCAAACCAUCACUAGGUGAAUUUGGUUAUGAAGGUGUUUAUAAACAGAAAACAAAAGAAAUAUUUACAUCCCCAUCAGGAAAAAGAAGAGGAGGAAAGUAUACUAUAGAUGGAUGCGCAAUUUUUUAUAAUAAAAAAAAACUAAAAUUUGUUGAAACUUAUGCUCUUGAAUUUAGCAAACUUAUUAAAGAAGCAUCAGUUCUAACACUACCAAAAGAAAUACAAAAAAAUCCAUCUAUAGUUAAAAGACUUUUAAAAGAUAAUGUAGCAUUAGUAUUAUUAUUAGAAUAUAUUCAACAAUAUUCUAAAAUGUAUGAUAAACAAGAAGAAAAACAGAAUAAAAAAUUAAUAAUUGUUGCCAAUACACAUAUAGUUGCUAAUCCAGAAGCAAAUUAUGUAAAAAUAUGGCAAGCACAGAUUCUUGUUAAAGUCAUUGAAUAUUUAAAAAUAAAUUUUAUUAAAAAAUAUGAAACAAUUCCCAGUUUAAUAAUAUGUGGAGAUUUUAAUAGUACUCCAUCAAGUGCAGUUUAUCAAUUAAUUUAUAAAAAAACAUGUAGCAGAAAUCAUGAAGAUUUUAAUUCAGAUAAAUAUAGCUUACUAACAGAUCUUCAAUUAGGGCAUAAUUUAAAUCUGAAAUCAGCCUAUGCUAUAUCAAAACUCUUAUCGCAAAAAUUAAAUCCAGAUGAUUAUAAUAAUUUAGAGGUGUUUGAACCAUUAUUUACUAAUUAUACUGGUAAUUUUAUUGGAUGUUUAGAUUAUAUUUUUUAUAAUGAUGAAAAUUUAAAUAUUAUAUCAACAGUAAAUAUAGCUGACGAAAACCAGCUAAUGCAGGAAGCUCAAUUAUAUCAACUCUCAAACUGUGCUUUACCUAGUCCAAUAAGACCAUCAGAUCAUUUACCUUUAAUAGCUAAAUUCGAAUUUAAAAUAUUUUAA